UUGGCAGGUAACCGUAGAUCUCCCCUAUCAAAUGUUAGGCCCUUCACAAAUCACCAUGCAAUAAAACCUGCUUUUCUAUGCCUAUAUAUAACCCAUUUCUUAGCUCUCCGAAACUGUUAUUACCAGGUACAAACCCUCCUCUGUAUCGAUCCUUCAAUUCUCACUUUCUUUUUUGGGUUUCUCUUUUUUUCCCUCGGCGACAGGCCUCUCCGUGUGGCACCCGUACAAAAGCAAGAGCUUGGAGAAGAUGAGAGCAUGACAACCGCUGAUCUUAGAAUCAACAGCGGAGAAUUACGAAACAUUCGAGGAGGUCCCACAAACAAGAAGAAUUACAACGACAUGUCGGCAGCACCCAAGGAAGAGCCAUGCACAGAGGACAGAUCAUCUACACCACCAUUAGCGGUCGUGCCGUUCGCAGCAAUCCCCAUGCCACUAACCACAGUAACCCCACCAAAACGAGCAUCAACCAAAGACCGACACACCAAGGUGGAGGGUCGUGGCAGAAGGAUCCGAAUGCCCGCAACAUGUGCUGCCCGGAUCUUUCAACUAACCAGAGAAUUAGGCCAUAAAUCAGACGGUGAAACGAUCAGGUGGUUGCUUGAACAUGCUGAGCCUGCGAUAAUUGCAGCUACAGGAACUGGCACUGUCCCUGCUAUUGCCAUGUCUGUUAAUGGAACCCUCAAAAUCCCGACAACAACUAGCUCCAGCGCCGAACCUGACGAACCGAACGCUAAAAAGAAGCGCAAACGACCCGCUAAUAGCGAGUACGUUGAUGUCAACGACAGCGUAUCGGUAUCAGCUUCUCUCGCUCCCUUAACGACGCGACCGCGACAGCCGCCACAGCCGCAGGCGCAACAACCAGUCGCGGCAGUACCACAGGGUUUGGUGCCCAUGUGGGCCAUACCAUCAAACACUGUCGUUCCAGGGGCUUUUUUCAUGGUACCGUCCAUGCCAGGACCGUCUAACCAGCCCCAGAUAUUUACGUUCCCAGCUGCAGCUAGCCCUCUCAUAAAUAUUUCUCCCAGGCCAAUUUCAUCUUUCGUGUCUUCCAUGCAAUCUAAUAUAGCUGUGGCUCUGCCCGUUUCUGGUUCAAAACCUGGUAAGGGUAUUUCAAUGACGGCACCAAGUUCAAGCUCAGCUCAUACUAUUCGGACUACAAGUACAACUACUAAUAGCACUCCUCAAAUGCUUAGAGACUUCUCUUUAGAGAUUUAUGACAAACAAGAGUUACAGUUCAUGUCUCGGUCUUCAAAGCAAUGACAAAAAUUGAAGGAUUUCAUUGGUGGAUUUUUUGGGUUCUAAUCCAUUCUGUGGCGUCCGCCAUUAACAAGUUUAAUCGAGCUCAGGAUUACGUAUUUCUUAAGCUUCAAAAAAAUGAAGGGGGGGUUUAAUUCGUGGAUGGGGGUGAGAGCACGUGCUCACGUGAGGGUGUUUUAAAGUUGUGCACGUGUAAAGUAGUGUCAGAGCAGGCGGAGAAUAGGGUCCACAUUAAUGGUGGGUCAACAGUAACCACUUGCAAAUAAGAGGAGACUAGAGGGGGUCCACAUUUUUUGUGCUUCCAAUGCUCUGACGGAAAAAAUACCGAAAAGAUGAUUCAGCAGCCGUGUGGAGAGGGGAAAAGGAAAAAAGACUUGGGCACCGUGGACCGUGCAAUGCAAAAAAGACGGGCACUUGUUUUCGUUAGAACAUCAUGAUCGGUUCAUCAUGUGACGUGGGCGCGGGUCCCGAAGAGGCAAUGGGGUCCGAAUGGGACCGUUUCUUUUCUUGCAUUGUUUGCAAAGCGGCCGCUUGUCCCUACUACGGGGUGGUUCGGUGGUCCGAUCGAGAGUGGGGAUUGACUGGAACGACAACACGUGGCCUUGAUUGUCUGUAACUGUGGGGUCCUGCCCUUUAGCACUGACACGUGGGCCCUUGGUUUUAUUUUAAUUUUUAACCGGGCCCCCCGUUCUGGUUGGACUGGUGAUGAACCUGAUGACGGUAUCUGAUGCUCCUUUUGUUUAUAAUGUUGAAGUUUGGUUACAAGCAAUUGUAAAUGGACCGCGUACCAUGUUAGUUUUAUCUCAUUGAUUGAUUUUUAGUCAAA